GUCUCUAUAUCUAGAGAGUGAGCUGGGGGCGGAUCGGUACAGUUUCCCAGCACAGAGAGAGAGGGAGAGAGAGAGAGAAAGAACGAACGGUCGGCGGAGGUAAAGAAAUCAAAAUCCAGAGCGCUGCUGGCCGCGGAGCGCCGAAACUGAUCAGGAGAGGAAGGAGAGCUGAGGGACUCUUUACAACCCGCUUCCAAGGGAGGGACAGACACCGGAGAAAGAGAUCCAUCAGCUCGGAUACCGACCCAGCGCUGUAUACCCCGCUUUCCCACCAUGUCCAAGCUCUCGGUGCUCCUGUUAUGCCUGCUGGUCCCCAGCCUGUGCGACAUUGUAUCGAUGUACCGCACAUCCAGACAGACCCAGGACCUCGCAACGUUAACCGAUCUGGAAGGAUCAGGGUCGGAUGAUGAAGAUGAGGGAUUUUACUCUGGCUCCGGGGGUUCAGGAUACCCCGACUUUGAAAGCGAGCUGAGGCUCACUACAGGAGUGACCAGGGCAGUCACGGCCACACCCGCCACCUCCGCCUUUGGCUCGGUCCAGCCCUUCGCCUUCACCUUCAGGAGCACCACCCUGACAAGCGGUAGCAGCACCCGAGUGCCGGCCCCCACCUCCGCCGCCCCCCCCACCCAGCGGGUUGCGACGGCGGCCCCCGCCCCCGCCACCGUGCCGGCCUCCUCCGCCGCCGCCACAACCCCGCGGGUGACCACGGCAAGCACGGGCGCGGCCACGACCUCCACCGUUCAGGCUCCGACCACCCACAGCAGCACCAUCGCUGUCGUCCCACUGGCCACCACGGUGAUAGCGGCCACCACCAAGCAGAGUAUGACCAGCGUGGGAGACGUUGCCAGACCUAUCUCCACGCCCAACCCACAGACAGAUAGAACAACCUUAGAAAGCUUCACGGCAGGCACGAGUAAAACCAUCCUGUCUGCUCCUUACGUCACAGAGAAAGCGAGUUCCAGUGAGCAGGUGGAAGAGGUGACCAUUAACAAUGAAGUCGAGGCUCCAGCGGCAGGUUCUCCAAGUGGAGACUUCGAAAUCACCGAGGAAGCGGAAGUGGCGAAUCCCGAGGCAAAUAACGAAGUGUUUGCAGCUAUCACACAGCCAACGGUCCGGGGCACUGGGAAAAUUGACCUGCCUGAUAUCAUAGACAAUGCAAUAGACUCUGGCAGUUCAUCAUCAGCUGCACAAUUACCCCAGAAGAACAUAUUGGAGAGGAAAGAAGUUUUAGUAGCGGUCGUGGUUGGGGGAGUGGUUGGUGCCCUCUUCGCCGCCUUCCUGGUCAUGCUGUUGAUCUACCGAAUGAAGAAAAAGGACGAGGGGAGCUACACGUUGGAGGAGCCAAAGCAGGCGAGCAUAGCUUACCAAAAGCCCGACAAGCAGGAGGAGUUUUAUGCAUAAACAAUUCGAGAGUGCCUCAAAUUGUUCGGACUGUAAACUGAUCAUUCUCUUUAAAAAAAAGUACAUAGAAAAGAAUAAUAAUCCCAAAUGUCACUUGAGCAAAGUUCUGCCGAGUCGGAGAGAUGUUUUAAUGCUGGCCUUUUUCACUCAUAUUGUUGAAUUUACUGUCAUUGUUCCAACUAAGACUCACGGGGGUGCGGGGAGGGGGGUGGGGUGGUGUCUGUAGUAGGGGGACCAGAAACCACAAAGCACAGCGACUGCUUCUAGACAACUGCAGCACCACAAUAGAACGGGGGCAGAGCACUGGGAGUAGUCUUGGCGACUGAGAAAUGCUGGAGCUUUGCAUAUCAAACAAAAAGAAUGGGUCUUAAUACACAUUGCUCACCCAGAAUGUUACAUUCCCUUAUUCGAACUAAUAGUUGCAUUGUUACCAAGGCUACUUUCUGCACCCCCCCCCCCACCCACCCCCACUUUCAGAACUCCUUGUGAGCCACAGCUUGGUACUGUGUUAAUGUUACUUUUCUGUUCUUGAAUGAAAAUGCUGAAAGAGGUGAUUCCUGUUUGAUUGCCCAGUGAAGAUAGACAAUCAAUCCCUGAUGUCUAUAGAGAGUUACUUUACUGAAAAUGCUUAAUGACAAAGUAUUAAUAUCCAAUGAAUAGCUGUGGUUUGAAGGGGACAAGACAUAUCCUUAAGUUAAUGUUGCUGAAUUUUUGAAUGAAUAUGCAGUAUGUUUGUGUCAAAUUGAAUAAAGAAAAGAAUUUGUUUUGAAAGAGCUGUUCCUACCUGUGAUUCAGAUGGAGAUUGAGGAGGGUUUGAUUUGAUCUAUAGGCAACACCGGAAAACAGAACCUACUCCCCUAAAAGUAGGCAUUCAGCUGUAGUGCGGUGUCCGGACAUUUCCCAUUCAUUGAUGUGCCCGAACAUUUCCCAUUUACUGAUGUGUCCGAACAUUUCCCAUUCACUGAUGUGUCCGGAAAUUCCCCAUUCACUGACGUGUCCGGAAAUUCCCCAAUCACUGAUGCGUCCCAACAUUUCCCAUUCACUGAUGUGUCCGGACAUUUCCCAUUCACUGAUGUGUCCGGACAUUUCCCAUUCACUGAUGUGUCCGACAUUCCCCAUUCACUGAUGUGUCAGAACAUUUCCCAUUCACUGAUGUAUCCGGACAUUCCCCAAUCACUGAUGGAUCUGGACAUUUCCUAUUCGCUGAUACGUUGGAUGGAAUAAAUCUGAAUGAACCACUGGGAAGAAGAGUGCUGGGAAUAGUUGUGUGUGAGCAGAGGUGGGCAAUUUGCCAUGACGUCCCGAAGCCUUUCUCCAGCUAAUCCUGCCCAUUGACAGCAGCAGGAAUCCUUCCCCCUUUGCCUUCUCUCCUUCCCUUCUCUCAAUUGUCCUUUCUUUCACUUUCCCUCUUAAUUUUUAAUGUCCUUUCUUCCUCAUUUCUCUCUCUCUCACACACACAAACUCCGCACCACCCACCCAUGCCUGCCCCCCUCAUUCUUUUCCCUCCAGUUCACCCUCCGCGGUGACCAAGUCAAGCAGCAGUAUCAUUCGCUGCGCCUUGCCCUCGCUCAGUAUCUUGUUUACAGCUGCUGUAGUAGCUGUUUUGAUGCUAUUACUCUGCAGGCUCUACACCUGGUUUUGGGACUAUUUAAUAAUUGUGCCCACAUCUGUCUAGCAGGACAGUCCCUGGCUCUGUUGACUAAUGUGCCAGAGAGCCUGCCUGGGGAAUAGGGUGAGCAACCAGGCAGAAAGUAACUUAAUUGGUAAACGUCACUAAAAAAAUGUUUAUACAUCCAUGGAAGUGAUAACCAGGAGAAUGUAAUGAAACUCUCUGGGUCAGCCUUGUAAUAAUCUGUUGAUAUUUGUCAAUUACAUUAUCUGAUGGAGGUGACAGGGCAAAGAUUCUUCCUGUUGUAGAAUAUGUUUGGCCGAUUUCCGAUAUAAGAAGCAACACACACAGAAUUCUGGGGGAACUCAACAGGUCAGGCAGCAUCUAUGGAAAAGAGUAAACAGUCAAUCCUUUUGGUUGAAGACCCUACUUCAGGACUGGAAAGGAAGGGCCUCGGCACGAAACGAUUGACUGUUUUCUCUUUUCCAUAGCUGCUGCCUGACCUGCUGAGUUCCUCCAGCAUUCUGUGUGUGUUGCUUGUACUGCCAGUAUCUACAGGUUUUCCCCUGUUUGUGUUCCUAUAUAAUUCAUUUUGUUCCGGGUACACUCAGUUGAGCGGGUACACUGCCCAAAAAAUCAUCCACACUUUGGGUGUUUAAAGAUUGCACACUGUCAAUGAUUAAUACUACAUUUGGAAACCAGCCGAUUAUCCCAGGCAUGCAUCUAGGAAGAGAAAUUAAAUAUUUCAGUGCUGGGAAAGUGAAACAAAAUUAACUUUUGGAUGGUCUGUCAAUUUCUGGAAGGGGCAAAGCAAGUUCAAUACUUUGGAGAAAGACGUCUGGUUUCAGAUUUCAGACGCACAUAGCUAUGGCUUCGCUCUUUCCAUUGCUGAUCAAAGGUCGCAUCAUGCUCUUCACGAUACAAUGGUCAGGUUUUCCUUCUUUACUUCGGUGCAUUCCAUUGAUGAAGAAUGGACGUGAUGCAUUUCCAACACUGUCUUCUCUUUAGGUACCGUCCCCAGAAGGAACGCUUUGGGUGAAAUUAUGUGGAUCGAGCUACUGAGCUCAUUAAUAGUGGGAACACGAUGGAGAGGCUGCAUCCCCAAGGUACAAGAAACAGGAGACUUAUUGCACUUUCUCUCAAAAAAAUUACCCUGGUCCCUACUGGGGGAAGUUGCAGUCUUCUCUAUUUCACUUUACCCCUUAAGCAGACGAUCGGCUGACUUUAAUCACUGUUAGCUGGGAAUUAGAAUUCCUGCCAUAUUUCCAAAUUAUUAGCCAUGUGUUGUCAAUGUCCAUCCCCAUACUUAAAUAUGCAAUUUGCUUAAUUAAGAGUCAAAAGCCAGUAACUUGAAACUGCCAGCUAGUCAUAAAAGUCUUUCAGGAAAGGAAUUCUGCUGUCCUUUCUUGGUCUGGCUCAUAUGUAACUCCCCACCUCCCCCUCGUACCCCAUCCGUUAUUUAUUUAUUUAUAUACACACAUUCUUUCUCUCUCUCUCCUUUUUCUCCCUCUGUCCCUCUCACUAUACCCCUUGCCCAUCCUCUGGGUUUCCCCCCCCCACUUUUCUUUCUCCCUGGGCCUCCUGUCCCAUGAUCCUUUCAUAACCCCUUUCCCAAUCACCUGUCCAGCUCUUGGCUCCAUCCCUCCCCCUCCUGUCUUCUCCUAUCAUUUUGGAUCUCCCCCUCUCCCUCCCACUUUCAAAUCUCUUACUAGCUCUUCUUUCAGUUAGUCCUGACGAAGGGUCUCGGCCCGAAAUGUCGACUGUACCUCUUCCUAGAGAUGCUGCCUGGCCUGCUGCGUUCACCAGCAAUUUUGAUGUGUGUAACUCCAGACUGAUUAACAAGCUUGGUUUCAACUGCCCCCCUCCCAACCCCAGUUCCACAAUAAUUGGGGCAGUAAAUAGUCACAUUAGGUUAUGAGAACACUCAGUCCUCUUUGAUUGUCAUUUAGAAAUGCAUACAUGCAUUAAGAAAUGAUACAAUGUUUCUCCAGAGUGAUAUCACAGAAAACAGGACAAACCAAAGACUAACACUGACAGAACCACAUAUAGUUACAGCAGUGGAAAGCAAUACCAUAAUUUGAUGAAGAACAAACCAUGGGCACGGUAAAGAAAAGUCUCAAAGUCCCCGAGUCGAUCAACUCCCGAGUCCCCGAUAGCAGGUGGCAAAAGGGAGAAACUCCCUGCCAUAAACCUCCAGGCACCGUCAACUUGCCGAUGCCUUAGAAGCAGCCGACCAUAGUCGACACUGAGUCUGUCCGUCCGAAAACUUUAAGCCUCUGACCAGCCCCUCCGAUACAGCCUUCUGAGCACCAUCCUCUGCCGAGUGCCUUCGACCUCGCCCCGGCUGCUGAAACAAGCAAAGCCGAGGAUUCAGGGCCUUCUGCUCCAGAGAUUCUGGUUACCACACAGUAGCAGCGGCAGCGAAGCGGGCAUUUCAGAAGUUUUCCAGAUGUUCCUCUGUACUCUCACGUCUGUCUCCAUCAAAUCAGGAUUGUGCACGGUCCCCUACUUGACAGAUAACAGAUAUUCAUCACCGGAAAGGCCGUGCGCACGGCUGUCGCGCCGCCAUCUUCCCCUCAUGACCAGUGAUGUCCACAUUCCCACAGAGAAGCAAGAAAAAAUAGUCUUCAUGUUCCUACCGUUGAAAACUCCCUGGCGGUAUCACUCCUGGGAAUAGGCAUUGGUCGAUAGGUACUGUGAGCAGCUUUAGGCCCCUCAUCUAAGAGAAAAAGUGCAGGGGUUAGAGAGGGUCCAGAGGAGGUUCACGAGAAUGAUCCAGGAAUAGAAGGGUUAAUGUAUGAGGAGCCUAUGGUGAUGUAAUUUGCUGUAAUUUAGAAGUACGGUGUGGGGUGGGGAGGGGAACAUCUCACUGAAACCUAUCGAAUAUUGAAAGGCCUAGAUAGAGUAGAUGUGGAGAGAAUGUUUCCAAAAGUGAGGGAGUCUAGGACCAGAGGGCUCAGGCACAUACAAGGACAUCCCUUUAGAGGAGAGAUAAGGAAGAAUUUCUUUAGCCAGAGUGUGGAGAAUAUGUGGAAUUUAUUUUCACGGAUAACUGUGGAUGCCAAAUCGUUGGGUAAAUUUAAAGUGAAAUCAGCGGCGGGGAAGAAGCUGUUCCUGAAUCGCUGAGUGUGUGCCUUCAGGCUUCUGCACCUCCUACCUGAUAGUACCAGGCUGGGGUCCUUAAUGAUGGACGCCGCCUUCCAAGUCACGGCUCCUUGAAGAUGGUGUUGGAUGGUAUCCAAGAUGGAGCUGACCAAUUUUACAAGUUUCUGCGACUUAGUUUGAUUUUGUGCAAUAACCCACACCACCCCACCCCCCACCAGACAGUGAUGCAGCCAGUCAGAACACUCUCCAGGGUGGAUUUGCAAAGUUUCGAGUGUUUUAGUUGACAAAUUAAAUCUCCUCAAACUCCUAUUGAAAUAUAGUCACUGUCUUCCUUCUUUGUAGCUGCAUCGAUAUGUUGGGACCAGGUUAGAUCCUCAGAGAUCUUGACACCCAAGAACUUGAAAUUGCUCACCCCCUCCACUUCUGAUCCCUCUGUGUGGAUUAGUUUGUGUUCCCUUCUUGAUUGGUCAGGGUGUCAAAGGUUACGGGGAGAAAGCUGCAGAAUGGGGUUGAGAGGGAUUAUAAAUCAGCUAUGGAUGAAUGGCAGAGCAGAGUCAAUGGGGGUGAAUGGCCUAAUUUUUCUCCUAUGUCUUAUGGUCAUAAUAUGUAAUUAGAAUAACAUUGGGUAAGUUGGCAGCUUUCAUCAUGAAGGUGGUCUUUGGAAUUCAUAAUGAUAAAGGAAGGGAAAAGAAGACAGAAUGUAUGAAUAUAAAAUGGAACAGAAUUAAUUCUGUACUCACAGGUCUAAUUACAUGCUCCUCUCAAAACCCUUUUUCACCUGAAGACUACACUCUCAAUGUGAUUAGCCACAAGGGCCCGCAAUAAAAACCUCGUAUUUAAUCAAGAAAGCGAAAUGCAGAAUAAAGGCUGUUAACCUAAAUUAUCUUGAGUGUUCCUCCUAGGAGCUGUUCCUGAGGCUUGACGUAGGAAGGUAGAUGAAUUUUACAUUUUGCCCUCUAUAAUAAUUAUUAUUUUAGAGCCCAUAAGUAGGCUUUUAUGUAAGCGCUCCGCAAGUUUUUAUUGCUGCAGUCUGUUCGGUUUCUGCCCUAGUGACAUGUCGAUGUCACUGCAUGACUUUAGACUCAAAAUAUAUUCCUUCAAAAUUUACUCAUUUAAAGAUAUACUUCCAAGCCUGCUGAGAGAGUGACUGAAAUGUAAGUGGAGUAAUAUUGGGGAGAAAACUUACAUUCUUUAUGAAUAUUAUAUGCACUCAGUGGCUACCUUAAUUUAGUACCUCCCGCAGCUAAUAAAGCUGCCAGGGGCUGUACGUUCCUUGUGUCCUGCUGCUGUGGCCCAUCUGCUUCAAGGAUCAACGUGUUCUGCGUUCAGAGCUGCUCUUCUGCACACCACUGUUGUAACGUGUGGUCAUUUGAGUUACUGUCACCUUUCUGUCAGCUUGAACCAGUCUGGCCGUUCUCCUCUGACCUCUUUCAUCAACAAGGUGUUUUUGCCCAUUGGGCUGAUACUCACUGGAAGUUUUUUUUUAUUUUUGCACCAUUCUCUGUAAACUCUAAAGGCUUCUGUGCAUGAAAAUCCCAGGAGACCAUCGGUUUCUGAGCUACUCAAAGCAACCCAAUCAUUCCACUGACAAAGACACUCAGAUCACAUUUCUUCCCACAUUCUGAUGUUUGAUCUGAACAGCAACUGAACCUCUUGACCAUGUCUGCAUGCUUUUAUGCAUUGAGUUGCUGCUACACGAUUGGCCAAUUAAUUAUUUGCAUUAACAAGCAGGUGUACCUAAUAUUGUCCAGUGUGUACAUGUCCUUUAUGAGGCUUUAAAUGAGCCUGAUCAGUUCAGGUCAGAUUAAAAUUAUUAACUGAUUCAUCAGGAUUACAAUUUAAUUAAAUUCAGCAUCAAGGUGAAGAUUCAUGUUGGUCUUUAUGCUUGGCCAUACGGAUCCAUGUCGGUCUUUACGUUUGGCCCUGCAGAUCCAUGUCAGUCUUUAUGUUUGGUCCAACAGAUCCAUUUCGGGCUUUAUGUCCCACCCUUAUCAGGCAACCCCAUCCUUGGAGAAUGGAGGAUGUAACUUGCAGCCUGAUUUUAUAUCGCAAUUUAUCCAACAUAUAAACAGAUGGGAUACGAUGGGAAGUUAGCAGCAUGGGUCUCUGUGAUUGGGUUAGGUUCAGAUCAGUACAGAUAACUUCACCCAACAACUUAGAUAAACAGAUGGCUAUUUAGUACGAGAUCAUUCCUUAUAUUGAAGAACAUUACGGUUUUUAAUUUUAGAAUAUUAGUUAAGGUACUUAACCAUUAAGUAGCCAAAGCCUGACCUUGCUUAAUCCACUGCCAAUAAAGACGAGACUUUGGUACCUAAGACUUGACAAUUUGACCUUCUGAUGGGUUUCCCUGUUUCUACCCUUCAUAAACUCGGUCAACCAAAAUAUGCCUCGCGCAAGCUAACCUGCAGAAAAUUCCGUUCGCCAUGUAUUAACCUUCAUUUUCUCUCAAUCUGACAGUGUCUCAAGUUCAAAAUGCUCAUACUUGUUUUCAACUUAUUGGAAGGACUCUCUACUCCAAUAUACCUCAUGCAUGCGCCGUCAAGGUCCCGAAUUUUUCAAUUCUUUUGUAUUGACCUCACUGCCUUCUUACCUCUUUCUUACUUUAUAUUGAUCCUUGAAAAUGCCUCCCUGCUUGCCAUCUGCCCCACCUCUCCAAACUUGGCCGUGCAUCAGUUUGAUAACAUUCCUAAGAAGGCUUUGGGACGUUUUGCCAUUUUCAGAGUUCAAAGUAAGUUUUGUUAUCCGUGUGUGUUUAUGUCACCACAUACAACCGUGAGAUUAAUUUUCCUGCGGGCGUACUCAGUAAAUGUAUAGAAUAGUAACUAUAACAGGAUCAAUGAAAGAUCAACCAGAGUGCAGAAGACAACAAACUGUGCAAAUGCAAAUAGUAAUAAUUACCAAGAGCAUGAAAUAACAAGAUAAAGAGUCCUUAAAGUGAGAUCAUCGGUUGUGGGAACAUCUCAAUAGAUGAGUGUAGUUAUCCCCUUUUAUGCAAGAGCCUGAUGGUUGAGGGGUAGUAACUGUUCUUGAACCUGCUGGUGCGAGUCCUGAGGCUCCUGCACCUUCUACCUGAUGGCAGCAGCGAGACGAGAGCAUGGCCCGAGCAGUGAGGAUCUCUGAUGAUGGAUGCUGCUUUCCCAGAUGUGCUCAAUGGCUGGGAGAGCUUUUACCCAUGAUGCACAGGGCCAUAUAAUCUUGUUAUUAAGUUCCAACCUUGGCAAUCAUUCAUUAGUUUUCUCUCUUGAAUGUUUUGUUGAAUUUGAGAAGAAAACCCACAGAUAUUUUGGAGAAGUCUUUCAAUUAAAGAGAGGGCUGUUGUUUCUUGUGAAGCUUUGCACUUACAGGAGGAAUUAAACUGGCGGUACUUAUCAUCAGCUCAGUCAGGCCAACCUGUCAAGACUGAUUUGAUUAAGUGGACAGCAAAGAUAAAGAAUAACCUUAUCCUGGCUGUUCUGUGCUGGGGAGUUUAAGAAGAAGCGUUACAUUAGAUCACUUCCGUUGCCUUCCUGAUCCAAUUGCAGCAGCCCCAGCGGAAAUAAAUCUUCUCGGUGAUUUGUAGCAGCUUGGUGUGGCUGCCGGCCUAUUAAUCAUGCUGUUAACCUGCAAGAUAUCGUCCUGGAAUUGCCAUUGCUCAUAAUACUAGACAGCAGCCAUAUUAGUGCAUGAUGGACGGCUGUAAAUUCAAACAGAAUACAGGUUGAACAAGGGUAUUAAUCCAGGCCCACUAUGACAUUGAGCCACAGAGCACUACAGCACAGAAACAGACCCUAUAACCCAUCUGGUCCAUGCCAGUCUAGCAUAGACCCCCACCCAGCUGCACCCAGACCCCUCCCACCCACGUACCUGUCCCAACUUUGCAUAAAUGUUACCUCUGUAACUUCUGUCAGUUCGCUUCACACCCACACCUCCCUCAGAGUACAGUAGUCCCCUUUUCAGAUUUCCCUUAAAUAUUUCCCCCUUCACCCGAAACGUAUGACCUCUGGUUCUAGUCUCACUCAACCUGAAGGGGCAAAGAAUGCAUCCGUUCACCUUGUCCCUACCCCUCACAAUUUUGCAAACCUCUAUAAGAUCUCCGCUCAUUCAUCUAUCUCCUGGAGAAAUAUUCUCUCUGAAACAGUGACCAGCAGGGGCCCAAAGCUGCUCACAAUACUCCCGAAGUGAGGCCCCACAGUGCUUUAUAAAAUCUCAAAAUUACAUCCUUGCUUUUAUAUUUUAGUCCUCUCGAAAUGAAUGCUAACAUUCAGACUCAAGCUGCAAAUUAACCUUUAGGGAAUCCUGCACCAGUCCUGGUGAAGGGUCUCUGCCUGAAACGUCGCCUGUUUACUCCUUUCCAUAGAUGCUGCCUGGCCUGCUGAGCUCCUCCAGCAUUUUGUGUGUGCUGCAAGGACUCCCAAGUCUCUUUGUUUUCUGUAUUUUCUCUCCGUUUAGAAGAUAACAAACCCUUUAAUUUCUUCUACAAAAGUGCAUUAGAUUAGAUUAGAUUAGAUUAUGAGGACACUCAGUCCUCUUUUAUUGUCAUUUAAUAAUGCAUGCACUAAGAAAUGAUACAAUGUUUCUCCGGAAUGAUAUCACAGAAACACAUGACAAACUGACUGAAAAACUGACAAAAACCACAUAAUUAUAACAUAUAGUUACAACAGUGCAAAGCAAUACCGUAAGUUGAUAAAGAACAGACCAUGGGCACGGUAAAAAAAGUCUCAAAGUCUCUCGAAAGGCCCAUCACUUCGAUACACUUCCUGACAUUGUACUCUGUCUACCACUUCUUUGCCCAUUCUCCUAAUCUGUCGAAGACCUUCUGUAGCCUCUCUACUUUCUCAAAGCUACCUAUCCCUCCACCGAUCUUCGUAUCGCCUGCACUCUUUGCAACAAAGCCAUCGAUUCCACCAUCCAGAUCACUGACAUAUAACGUAAUAAAAGGAUCAGUCUCAACACAGGCCCAUGUGGAACACCACUAGUCACUGACAGCCAACCAGAAAACGCUCCCUUUAUUCCUACUCUUUGCUCCCUGUCAAUCUGCCAAUGCUUUAUCCAUGCUGGAAUACCAUGAGCUCAUAGCUUGUUCAGCAGCUUUGUCAAAAGCCUUCUGAGGUGAACAGGGUGUGUGUGCAUGUCAGGGUGCCGUCCUGUUAUUGUGAGUUGGAACCAACUUGACAUAAGACAUCCAAAGUUACUGGAAAUAAUUCGGAAAAUGUGCCACUCUGGUAGUUGAUGGUGGGGCUAUUCUCCGAUCUUGGCAAUUUACUUGUAAAUGUUUUAUCACCGUGCAGGGAGACAUCGACAGUGCACUGUUACUGUUUCAGAAAAAGCAAAAGGGUUUAUCCUGUCAGUCCUGGUGAAGCGUCUCGACCCAAAAUGCUGACUCUCCAUUUGCAUCCACAGAUGCUACUUGACCUGUUGAGUUCCACCCGCAUUCUGCGUGAUGGUUAGGUUUCUUUCGGUCAAUACUUACUUACACUUCAGUUAAUGUCACUAAAAUGGGUUUUGCCUGAAAUAUUAUCCUAGCAAGUUUCAGUAAUCCACCCAUGAGCUAAAAACCGCCAUUUGUACUCUGCCCCUGAACCUCAUUAAUACUGAAGUCGAUUUCGGAGAUUGACUAUAAUGUGUUAUUGGUAAGACCGUUACUGAUGGAUUUCUCAGCAAUGAUUUGUUCUUUAAUAUGUUACUGAUUGUGGAAACAGUGUUGUACAUUGGCAGCUGUGUUUGCAACGUUAAAAAUUCAAAAAUCUCUUUAUUAUCAAAUGAUUUACAAGCAAAUGUCCCAAGGCUGUGAAAGGUGAUUUAUGAGAGAGCUUUUUCGUAGCUUUGUAUUCAGGAUCAUCUCAUGGAGCCUGUGAGAUGGUUGAAGACCUUGUUCUUGUUUCAAUUAGAGAUAAAAGCUUCCUUUCUCGUUAGCCCAUCUUUCUUCGACUGAUUGCUUCUGGAUGUAAUGGAUUAACCUGAGUAAAUUAAUCCAAACACAAUGUAUUGGAAGGUUCGAAUCUCUUCCUCUCUCUUUACAAAUUAAAUCUCUUAUUAUGGGCAUUUUUUUUUGCAGAGCUAAAAAUAGAUAAUGGUUUACCAACAACAAUAUCUAAAUUCUAUAUUGGUUUUCUCUCUUAGUACAUAUUUCUAAACUUGAAUGUUAGUUAGAACAUCUAAAGCAUCCUGUUAGCUUAAUUCUGUUUCAGCUUCUAACAAGAUUUAAUGAGUGUGGGCAUCUACCAACUGGAGACCUUCAAAGUAAGUUUUAUUGUCAAAGUACAUGUAUGUCACCCUGAGAUCCAUUUUCCUGGGGGCAUACUCAGCAAAUCUGUAGAAUAGUAACUAUAACAGGAUCAAUGAAAGAUCAAUCACAGUGUGGAAGACAACAGACUGUGCAAAUGUAAACAUAAAUUAAUAGUAACUAAGUAACGAGAAAAGAGUCCUUAGUGAGAUCACUGGUUGGGCAUCAUCAUCAUCAUCAUCUCAAUGGAUGGGCAAGUGAGUGCAAAAAUCACUUUGUUAAAAAUCCUGAUGAUUGAGAAUGUUCUUAAACUAGGUAUUGCAAGUCCUGAGGCUCCUGAACCUUCGACCUGACCACUUGAUCUCUUGCAUGAAGGUUUUUGUGAAGGCAUGGACGUGUUUCCGUAGCCCUUUCAUGUUGGGAGACUGAGUAAAGCCGAGCCCUGGCUCAUGACACCAGACUGCCAGCCUCAACGCCCUUUACUUUGAUAAUCUUGAACGACUUAUCAGGAACAGAUUGGAUUUGGAAGAUCUCACUAUGACCUUCACAGAGUUGAAAGAGAGCUUGCUGGGCUGAGACACUAACAAUACGCCAGCCAGUUGAUACUGAACGUGAGGAAUAGGAAGUCAAGUCCUUCAACAUCUUCAAUUAUUGAAGUUUGAUCAGUUUUGCUUCAGAAGAUCAAUUCAACCAGAAUUUGUUGGGUAGCUGCAGGAGUCACGGUUUCACCAAAGCCGGAGCCAAUGGCUCCAAAAAUGAUAUGGGGACAGAGUGUGAGGAAUCUAUAGUAUCCUAUUUCAUCCUGCUCCUGAAUAAUAAAUUUCUAAAUUAGUUGCAAAGCUUCAAUAUCCUCUCACGAGCUAUACGUUGCCUUGGGACUAUCUGCAAACAGAGGACCAGAGGGGAAGCAUCUCAGUGUCAAGUUAGAGUCAUGAUCACAAGUCAUACUGUGUAAGAACAAAACUCUAUGGUCCAACUGGCCCAUCUUGGCCAAGAUCCAUAUCUAAGCUAGUCCCGUUAGGACCAUGGAUCACUAUGACAUAAAAGAAUGUUGGAGACCCCUGGACUAAACCUUCCCUGUCCAUGUACCUGCCCAAGUACCUUUUUCAUGUUGUUAAUGUGCCUGCUUCAACCACGUCCCCUGGCAGCUCUUUCCAUGUGCUGACCACCCUCUGGGCAAAGAAGUUGCCCUUCAAGUUCCUAUUAAAUCUCUUUCCUCUCACCUUAAACUGAUGCCCUCUGGUUCUUGACUCCCCAACCUGGAAAAAGUCUGCGUAUUCACACGAUCUUCUAAGUGCCCUUCAUAAAUUUAUACACCCCUGCAAGAUCACCCGUCAUUCUCCUGUGCUCUAGCGAAAAAAGUCUGAAGCUGCUCGACCUCUGUCCGUAAACCUGUCCGAUAAAAUUCAGUUCUAUUAAGUGAAAUUUGCUCUGAGGAAAAAGAGCAAAAUGAAAACAUCCGUGCCUGUUUCCACUGUAGCUACAACUUACUGCCUUUUGAAUUUCAAAUUUCAAAACUUUGUCAUCAGAAUAGCAUUGGUCGUGACCGUGUUUCGAACUCCACAAGUAAAGAUGAAGAAAACUUUUGUCUGGCAUGCAAGAAAUAGUUGAUACAUUUUACUCUAUACUUACUGUGAAAUAAUUUCUGCUUGUCACAUCGCUGCGGAGUUUUUAUUGCUCUGCGUCUCAAUGAGAUUGAGGACUGAUGUUCCCAGCCCUUCUACCACCGUUGGUCAUUUACUCCUGCAGGCUCUCUUGCUUAUUCUGUUUGCUCAGCACUUAGAUGGGGCAUUAUAGAAUCAUAGAAUGGAACCAGGCCAUUCGGCCCAACUCACCCAUGCUGACCACAGUGCCCAGCAAGCUAGUCCCAUUUGCCUUAUUUCAGCCCAUAUGUGUCUAAACAUUUCCUGUCCAUGUACUUACCCAAAUAUCUUUUACAUUUUGUUAUUGUACCUGCCUCGACCACUUCCUCUGGCAGCUCAUUCCUUAUAUGCACCCCCUUCUGCAUGAAUGUUGCCCUUCAAGCCCCCUUUAUCUCUUUCAUCUCACACUCUAUUCUUAUGCCCUCCAGUUUUUAGUUCCUCUUCGCUUCAUUUUAUCUGUAACCCUCAUGAUUUUAUAUACCACUGUAAGGUCACCCCUCAGUUUUCUAUGCUCCAAAUAAUAAAGUCCUAGCCUACCCAACCUGUCCCUUUCUUCUGUUUUUGAAGUCACAUUAUGGGGGCACGUGGCCAAGCGGUUACGGUGUUCGUCUAGUGACCUGAAGGUCGCUAGUUCGAACCUCAGCUGUGGCAGCGUGUUUGUGUCCUUGAGCAAGGCACUUAACCACACAUUGCUCUAGUGUCUGUGCGAGGAAUGGUGCCCCACACAGACUUCCAAUCUGCGCCUUGUAAGGCAUGAAAAUGCCCGACGCAGGCCUCUCGUGGUCUGAGUUGACGUUCGAUGUAUGGGGGCAGGAGUAGGGAUGAUCCAAACCUACCUUCUAUGAGUUCACAACCAUUGGACAAUGUGAGUGAGCAAAAUUUGAAAGUUAUAACGAGGCCUGGAAAUUGUGGCUUGAUGGCAAGUGCCCAACUGUGAGUGUAGGAGGUGAGAGAGAGAAAGAAGACAAACCAGACGCAUUUAAUUUGUAGUUUUCUGCUUCAUACCAUUGACCGCGAAAAAAUAAAAUCCCAUUAAGCUGGAUGACAGUAUUAAAGUGAUGAGAACUUGCCAAUCAAGAGUAGAUAAGUGUAUGCCUUUCAUUAGGAUUCAGUUUUGUGCAAGAAAUCUGCCGUAGUCAUUAAGAGAGCUGGGAGCUGUAGAGGUUUCCCCACUGGAUACACUUACUGUCUUGUUUAUAUUACAUGGUUGUCACGGCUACCUCAGUGGCCCUCGACAAGAAUAAUCAAUCUGCAAAAAUAGACUGGCGCCCUGCAGGACCUGCUCCUACCCACGGUAAAAGAAAGAGUGGGCCUCCUGAGAAGGUGGUGGGGGGGGUGUUGGAGGGGGGCAGAUCAGUGAAUAAUGAGAUCUGUAUUCAACAAUCGAAACUGAAAAUACUCAAAGCUGUGUUUGGAAGAUUCAUGAUCUUGUCGACAAAUAUUUAACAGGUGGUAGGUGUAAUCUGAGGAAAAGUAGCACACUUUGAACCUUGCCCUCUGACAAAUUAUGUAAAUAGAUUAAAAAAAAACUGUACAAAUUUUAAUGCAUUAUUGUGUGAAUUAAAUGACGUCUGUAUAACAACGUUCCCCGCGCAGCAUAUGGGAACCAAAUGGGGAUUGGAACAUCAGCUUCUGAUUAUUUGUACAAUUGUAUUGUGUGCGCUAUUAGAUUCCACCUUUUGAAGAAGCAUGUAAAUAUUUUUAAUAGGAAGUAUAUCAUAAAUGAAUCAUGGUUGUCUUGUAUAUAAUCCUUGUAGACUCGUAGCAUUCUUGAACUUCUAGAACUGUGUCUUUCCAAUUUGUUAACUCUUUUAUUUCAAGUUGCUGGCCAUGAGAAAGGAUUUUAAAAAUAAAAGAUUUUGCCUUUUUUUAUUAUAUAUAUCUGUGCUGUGCCCAUUUAUAAAAUAAAUAAAACAACUGA